AAACAAUUCAACCUACCCAAAUCAAUUAUUCUUCACUUGCUAUUGCAUUUUUAUCUGCAACUCCAACUCAAAAACUGAAGCUAUGCAGAAAAGUACAAGCAUCUUUCUCAUUUCAUUACUGCUACUCUUCACAACACAUGGAUGUUUAGGCAUAACUGCACCGUCACCUUCGCCCGUAGCUGCUCCGACUAAAGCGAAGAUCGUGACGGUGCUCAGCAUCGACGGUGGUGGCAUUAGAGGAAUCAUCCCUGGCCGAAUCCUCGCUUUUCUUGAAUCUAAACUUCAGGAACUUGAUGGUCCAAGUGCAAGAAUUGCGGAUUACUUCGAUGUAAUAUCAGGAACAAGCACCGGUGGCCUGGUGACAGCCAUGCUCACGGCUCCUAACAAAGAAAACCGCCCCAUCAUUCCUGCUAAAGACAUUUACACGUUUUACAGUGAGCACGGACCCAAGAUUUUCCCGAAAAACAAUAACCCAGGCUUCUUAAAGGCCGUGAGAAAUUUGAUUGUGUCCGCGAAAGGGCCUAAGUAUGAUGGUAAAUACCUGCGAUCCAUAGUAAAAGAGAUACUAGGGGACACUACGAUGAACCAGACUCUUACAGAUGUUAUUAUCCCAACCUUUGACAUCAAACGCCUCCAGCCCAUAAUCUUUUCUACUGAUGAUGCCAGAAAAGAUACUUCCAAGAAUGCAUACUUAUCAGAUGUUUGCAUAGCUACAUCUGCAGCUCCCACCUAUUUACCUGCACAUUUCUUUGAGACCAAGUAUGAAGAUGGACGGAAUCGAAGUUAUGAUCUCAUUGAUGGUGGUAUUGCAGCAAACAAUCCGACUCAAGCGGCUAUAACACACAUUGCCAAUGAAAUAUUGAAGGGAAACUUUCAGUUUGUUGAUUCGAAACCAAUGGACAGUACAAAUAUGUUAGUACUGUCACUUGGCACGGGCACAGCUAAGCAUGAAGAGAAGUAUAAUGCAACAAUGGCCUCGGACUGGGGUUUAGUCAGUUGGGUAUAUGACAAAGGUAACACCCCACUGAUUGAUUCUUAUGGCGCUGCAGGUGGAGAUAUGGUUGACAUUCAGGUCUCAUCUGGUUUUAAAUCCCUCCGUGCUGAGAAGAACUAUCUUCGUAUUCAAAAUGAUAACUUGACUGGAGAUGCCUCUUCGGUUGAUAUUGCAACCACCAAGAACAUGGAGACUCUCGCUGCAAUUGGAGACGAGCUGCUAAAGAAACCAGUGUCAAGGGUUAAUCUGGAUACGGGCUUCUUUGAGCCUGUGGUUGGUGAGGGUACUAAUGCUGAUGCUCUGACUCGUUUUGCUAAGUUGCUUUCAGAUGAAAGGAAGAUCAGGCUGCAUAAUUAGAAAGGUCUUAGAAAUGUAACCAAGUGUCACUAAUAACUCUACCUUCCUUGCCUUCUAUUUUCCAUUUAACACCAAUAAAGCAAUGAUAGGCUGCCAUUCUUUUUCCACAACUAAUUUUUCCCUUAAGAGCUUAACAUUUUGGUUUAGCAGAUUUCGUGUUUUCUGGUUUUUGACUCCUGUAAACAUCAGAACACGUGACAUGUAUCCUUUCUGUUAUAUCAGUGAAUAAAAACAUUUUUUUCAA